AUGAUGCCUAGUGCCGCGACUUCCAGCAACCCGUACGAUAGUGAUGCGGUGGAGCGUGACCUUAUUGACCCGGACGAUGCUACUCUCGAUGACCUGGACGAUCCCCUUCAGGGAACUUCGGACCGGGCGCCGCUGACGGGCAAUAUUCAACGCGGCAGUGCGAAUACGCAAUCGUACCUGACCUCCAGCAUCCCCGGUGAAGACCGCCGCGCGCCCACCAACACCAUCGACGAGACGGUAUGGGAGACCCUUUCUCGAGACAUUUUUGGCAUCUGGGAGAAGAUGAAGCAGGUGCUGUACCCCAAGUACCUGCUGGGCGGUAUGAUGCAGCGCGGUGGGGGGAUUGGAGCAGCAGAGCGUGGUGAAGCAAGCGGAUUUGGCGGCGGUCUUAGAGACAUUGCUGGCAGAUGGCCAGACGCGGAUGUCAUUCUGCAAGGCGGUAUGAGCGAGGGACUGAGAGACUGGGAUCUGUGGGGUCCGCUCAUCUUCUGCCUGCUGCUGAGUCUGUUCCUCUCGUGGGGAGCGAGGGGUAAGCAGAAGGACUUGGUCUUCGCAGGCGUCUUCUCCAUGGUCUGGAUAGGCGAGGCUGUAGUGACGCUGCAGAUCAAGCUGCUAGGAGGCAACAUCGCCUUCUUCCAGUCCGUCUCCAUCAUCGGGUACACGCUCUUCCCGCUCGUCAUUGCAUCGCUCCUCAGCGCCAUCGGCAUACCCGUCAUCGUCAGAGUGCCUGUCUACCUCGUCCUCAUAGUAUGGUCACUAGCAGCAGGCGUGAGCAUCAUGGGCGGCUCAGGAGUGGUGAGGAACCGUGUGGGCAUUGCAAUAUACCCUCUCUUUGUGUUCUACGUUGCGCUGGGUUGCCUUUGUUUUAUCAGCUAG